GCGGCCUUGUUCGGGGGAUGCAGCAGCUGAGAGGCCCGUAGUGCCCCAUGGCCGAAAAGAAGGAGGACGCGCCCAAGGGCUUCGAGCUCUUCUAUGUGGCGGCCGCCUCCGCCUGGCUCGGCUCAGUGGCCAUGGGCACAAACUUGGGAUACUCGUCGCCAGCCAUACCGAGCCUCAAGAUGAACGCUUCGGACGGCGGCCUGGAAAUCAACGAGAGUGAGGAGACCUGGUUUGGCUCGCUGAUGACGGUUGGCGCGCUCACGGGAGGACUGGUAGCUGGUUUUCUGGUGGACAGCUUGGGCCGUAAGUUGUCCAUCAUCUUCUCCUCGCUCGGCUUCAUCGCUGGCUGGGUACUCAUCGCCACCGCGGGCACUGUGCUCGUGCUCUGCCUCGGCCGCGUCAUCACCGGCUUCUUCACGGGCCUUGUGUCGCUCGCCGUGCCCGUGUACGUGUCCGAGAUCAGUAGGCCACAGGUGCGCGGCACGCUCGGCACCGGCAUCCAGCUGUCUGUCACCCUCGGCAUCCUGGGUGUGUUCUUCUUCGGCAAGUACCUCGGCUGGAGUUCGCUGGCCAUCCUCUGCCUCACACUGCCGGCUGCUAUGGCCGUGCUCAUGAUAUUCAUGGCUGAGUCGCCGCGCUGGCUGAUGCAGAAAGGCAAGCGCGAUGACGCGCUCAAGGCACUCCAGUUUCUCUACGGCCCGGGCACCGACUACGAAGGGGAGCGCAACAACAUCGAAAUGAAUAUCAAGAUGAACUCUACCGAAAGCUUCCACGUGAGGGAGCUGCAGCAGCCGUUCAUCUACAAGCCGAUCCUCAUCAGUCUUUUCCUCAUGUUCUCGCAACAGAUGUCGGGGAUCAACGCGGUCAUGUUUUACGCUGUGUCCAUCUUCCAGUCGGCGGGCACAACCAUUCCGGCCCCGGACUGCAUGGUGAUCAUCGGUGUUGUGCAGGUGAUCGCCACGCUGGGCGCCACCAUGGUGAUGGACAAAGGCGGCCGACGCGUGCUGCUCCUCACGUCGGUGUCGCUGCUUGCGCUCAGCCUGGGCGUGCUGGGCGGCUACCACUACGUGAAGGCCACCAAGGGCGACGAGGCCGUCGAGUCGAUCGGGUGGCUGCCGCUCGUCUGCCUGUCGCUAUUCAUCAUCGGUUUCUCCUGUGGCAUGGGUCCCAUCCCGUGGCUCAUGAUGGGCGAGCUCCUGCCGGCGCGUGUGCGUGGCUUUGCCACAGGCAUCUGCACCAGCUUCAAUUGGACCAUGGCCUUUGUGGUGACCAAGACUUUUAACGACAUGCUUGAGCUGCUGAAGCCGUAUGGCACCUACUGGUUCUUCUGCAUCGUCAUGAUCAUAUCCUUCUUCGUGGUCGUGCUCGCGCUUCCAGAGACCAAGGGGAAAACACUCGAGGAGAUUGAGGCCGCCUUCCGCAGCGGGUAUGAGCCGGUUAAGAAGCCUUCUGAGCCCAUCGUCGCCGAAGUGACUGCUUCUGCUGCUGCCGCGCCGCCGCCCCCUGCAGCGCCAUCCCCUGGGCCCGCUGGUGCCGCCGACGUCUUGCCGUCGCCCAAGAGGCAUUCGGUGCCUUCCACACAUUCCAAGCUCACGUCUCCCGAUAAGACAACCACGUCACCCAAUCGCAAGGCCUCCAGAAGCACCGUGUCCGAGGCAGCACCCACGGAAUCUGCGCCCAAAAGUCCGCCCACGCAACAGCCGGACAAGGAGGCUGCUAAUAUCAGUAGUGGCGCAAACUAACCUUUUUGCCUUG